AUGUCAAUGCGACGUAGAGCUCCUAGUAACUGCGAAUGUUCCCUCGAGGCUUUGAGGUCAUAUACUCACAAAUUAACCUGGAGCAAAUCGUUGAGAUGGUUAGCCCUCUCGUUCAUUCGUUUGUUAUUGCUGCAGUAUGGAAAGACAUGCUCCAGGGGAUGGACUCAGUUUCACAGGUUAAAGGAGCAUAUAUUUCGUAAACACUGUAUUCCAGGAUAUAAAUGUUCUCGCUGUGUAUCAUGUUUCGACAACAGUGAUGGGCUUGAGGGACACAUACUCUCUGUGGAAUCUUGCAAAUUGCGGGAAUCUACAGAAGCUGAGGGCAUAAAUGCUGAACAGGAACGUCGUCUCCGUACAAGGAAACGGACCAAAACUGAGGCCGACUCGAAUGAAGCUGUUCGUGAUACACAACGAUGGUACGAGAUGUACAAGAUAAUAUUCCCAGACGCUGAUGUACAGACAAUAUCUCCAUACAAUGACUACAACAACGGAGCUUCCACAGCCGUUGGCUCAUCAGAAACAAUCGCCGAUUACAGCAAGUUUAUAGAUGGAGGUAUUCCCUCGAAAGUUCAUAACAAAUUGCAGGCAACUAUCAAUCGGGAGCUUGGAUAUAGUGAACUGGACGUCAGGAGAAUUAUUGACAUACUUCCCAUGCUGCAACAGACACUCUUACAAUCCUUCCAGAACCAGAAUGAUAAUUAA